GCAGGCUACGGGUAAGUCAAGGAUGAUGUAUAUUGAUCUUCCCGUACGAGAAGCGCGGGCUAAAACUGCGACCCUAUGAGAAAUUCCUUACGUGUUACUAGUGUUAUGCAUAGAUGUCCUCCAAGGUUAGGAAAGGGGAUCACCGGAACCGCCAGGCGAAGAGAUACUGGCAUUAGCUGCAUGCAUGAUGAAUAUGCGGUCAGGAAGCAUGACAAGGGGAAGUAAUUCCAUUUGGAAAUGAGAAAAAAAAUCUUCAAAAAACUGCACUUUACUGCUUACUCAUCUCGUCAUUAUCCUGUAGAAUCGCCAACGAACCAAUGACAUGCGAUACCGAGAACUACUACCCCUGGCAAGUCGUAGUCAGUAUUUCCUCUACGUGUCAUAUCUCCUCUCUCGAAGCUACCCUAUGCAAGUGUACGGGAGAACCAAUGUCGCACUGCAGCUAACAAUCCCGGCCCAUGGUCCUGGGACGAGUGUUACCCAGUUGUUGGGUUUUGGAGACCUAUGUGAAAGGGGUUCAUCUCCUCUUCGCCCGAAGUCCUGGUAUUUAGAAUGCGUAGCAUUACAUUUUCUCUGCAAAUCUCGACCUUAUUUGGUACAAACUGACAAAUCCACUACGUCUCAUUUCGUUCCUUUUUUUAAGAACCAUGUCUGGGUGACAACGAAGGUGCAUGAAGGCAAUGCUGGCGCUUCAGCAAUUUCUAUUAUCAGUAAUGGUUACCUCCUUCGCGAGACAAGUUCAUGCAUGAUGCCAAUGCUAUCGAAUGCAACUGUUCAUAUGCAUGGGAGAAACACUCCAUUGGUAUCGCUGAAGAAAAAGGUGUUUCUCUGCCUCACGUCGUUGUUCAAAAAGGGUAACCGUGGUGUCACCGCUCUUUGCACCAUCUCUGUAGUCAGGGAUCGUAAGAUACUAACACGCUGUAGCCCUGCCACAUCCAGAUUAUUGGGUUGCUGCUGUCCCAGCUGAAUGGUCGCACCCCACAACUCGUGCAUAUCCGUCCCUUGCCGAAACCUAUCAUUGGGUACCAGUCCCUGUUCUUGGUAGCAAUAUCUGAAUUGCGACUAGGAUUCCUGAGCCGAGCGUGACCGACAGAAUGGGUCAUACCCUUACCUUCGUCCCGUCCCUUGUUCCCAUUUCUUUUUAAUUUUCGUUCGCGUACCUAUUCGGAAGUUGGUUCGAACAUAGUUACCCGGGCCUCCGGGU